AUGCUUGACGCUGCAUCUGGCUGUGCCACACGCAAAAGCUGCAGUGAAGGUGCACUGGUUCCUAAUGGUUCUGUUAUUUGUGGUCGCUCCGCCAAAUAUAGAGCUAUAGACGGCACUACGAGCAGCAAAAUACCUACUGAAAAUUCGAUGGUCUCGGAACUUGGUAGACAUUGGACAGGUUCGAUGAUAGAACUGGGCUAUGGGCAACGUGAGUUGGCCUUCGGGACAGUGCCCAAUUGGAUAGCGUCAAAGAGUGAUUCUCCUUUCAGUUAUUUUUCUCGCCGGGAUAGUAGAAAGUUUCAAGAGGGCCCUCGGAAAAUGUUUGCUGAGGAACUCUUUUUUAAACAACUUCUUGGGGCACCGUCAAGUCCGGACACUGAGUGCAAAGAUGGAACAGACAGAGCAGAUAAUAAAGGAGGUUUACAGUCUUCAAUUGCUCGCUAUCUACUUGAAAUCAUUAAGGAGAAAGCUGGCGUUAGACAUUCAUUAACUAGUCUUCUUCCCACCGAGAUGAAGGACUCCUCGUUCUACUCCAUUGAAAAGGAUUUUCGGCAUCGCAAAAUUCGUUGCCGAAGUUGUGAACCCCAGAUCAAAGGAUCAGGACCAGAUAAUCCUAGCCUCUCAUCAUUUCUGUUUGAAUGCAUGAGUCUGAGUCGUCAAUGCCAGCUAAGAUGUCCACUUUCACCACCAAGAAAACGCCUUUCAUUAAGUGAUUCAGAAAUUUGCUAUGCAAAGGAAUUGGAACAGUCCGUACCAGACAGUGCCACAAGUUCCACUGACGCCGUAUGCCAGCCUAUUAGUCAGGUGGAGGAUCCUUCGCAACAAUGUACAGAAAAUCCAUCAGAACAGCCGCCAUCAUCACCUGUUUUUGUCACAAGUGAAGAUCUGGAGGUAGACAAUGGAACAACUUGUUCGAGCCCUCUUUUACCGAAAGACGAGGUGUCGGCUAAAGAAGUCCCAAUAGCGGAAGUGCCGAAAACCACAAAAAAGUGCGUUCGGUUUGCUGACGAUAUUGGGAACAACCUCUUUGAGGAAGUACUGAUACCUGAUACCUCGCUGCCCCCUAUGCUACAAGUGGAGCAUAAAUUCUUGAUGGAUGACGAUUUUCGGGAUAUGAGCGACCUUGAGGACUCGUUGCCUGGAGUAGUGCGAUCAAAAUUCAAUCCACUGGGUCCGAAACAUGGAAGUUUGCUGGACAUAAAGAAAAUUCCGCCCCCAGUUCCUGGACUUAGCCACUCGAAUAGUUCCAGCAGUUCUCUUUCUAGUCCACAGAGAUGCUCACCUACUUCUACCCCUCCAACAAACUGCACUUCUAACUGGCGUCUUACGUUUGCUCAACCUGCUGCUCAGUAUCUAGCAUUUCGUCAGCGUCUGGAUUCAAACUUUGUCUCUCUCGAAAAUGUGACAGUAACCAGUCAAAAAGAAGGAACAGAUACUUUGUACCUUUACGGAACCAUCAAGGUUAAAAACACUACAUUUGUAAAACGCGUUAAACUAAGGGUUACGUGUGAUCGGUGGGUAACUCAAAAGGACUAUCCGGCUGUUCACAAUGCUCAACUUUCGAACAAAGGCGGAAAUACAACUUACGAUACAUUCAUGUUUAAUUUUCAUGUUGAUGUCUCGAAGAUGCGAGCACCGCGGGAUCUCCAAUUUGCCGUGUGCUAUCAAGCCGGAGAGAACGGGAGUUGUGGAGAGUACUGGGACAAUAACGAUGGCUGUAAUUAUGUAGUGGUGGAAGACGUACCGAUGAGUCCAAAUUUGAGCCACGAAAGUUUUUUUCGCGACCACCCAUCGAUGGGUACGAGAGAGGGCCCGAUGCGGACUGCGAUGGGUGGUUCUGAACACACCUUAGCCUCAACCAGUCCGCCAGUUCCAGCAUACACCUUGGAUUACCGGCCUAACUUUGAUGCGUUCUCCUCUCUUACCUGCUAUUCUUCCUGGCAGCACUAUUCCUCUGAGUCAAUGUACUACUAA